AUGUCUGGAGCCCUCAAUAGCACUGUUGAGAGCAUAUCUGCUCGCCUUGAGCAUUUAUUAGGCUUAUCGUUGAACACUAUCUUAUUGCUCUUGCUUGGUCUGGGUGCAUCUAUCGCUGUAUUCUAUAAACCUUUGCGGAAUGCUGAAGAGAAGAAGCAAGCCAAUGGAAAUGCGCAAGAGUCUGAUGCAAAUAAGCACCGUCAACCCGGUGAAUGGAUACCUGUCAAAUUUGUCUACCCUCCCGUUGAAGCGUGUACGGAGCGUUUGGCAGAACGGAAACCAAUUCCAUACCGGCCGUUCCGAUGGGGAGCCUACCAGUCCGUAUUUCCACUUGUUUCUAUGAACUAUUUCGUUGAAAGUAGGAUUUCUAGUGUGAAUAUGGGCAUCCGUAAUAUGCCCUGGAAUGAUUGGAUUGAGCUGGACAAGGACCACGCAGUUUACCACAGGAUCAAAGUGCAUAGAGUUCAAACGCGUGGACAAGCAGCUGUUCGAGUGUUGACCGACGACGCUAAUCCGGGGGUUGUUAAAGGUGGUGAGGAAGCAGCCAUCGAACUUGUUCAUGAAUUGGCGGAAUAUCUUUCCCGUCGAUACCCCAAAGAUUUUGAGGUCAUCCGAUAUUCCGAACGCUUGAUCGACCGAGACGGGGCGUACUGCGACUGGGGAUGGGAGGAUUUGCCCGCUAUCCGAACGAUUAAGAUUACGUCCUUGGAUGCUUCUUAUGAGCUGCCGUUAUCGACAAACGACGGAGACCGGGCACCUGAGAAAGCAAUGGAAAUUGCUGGAUUAUUGAUUCAAGAUGAUUUAGCAUUAAUGCUUGAAGGCGUUGAUGGAAAAUAUUACUUCCAAGCAGGCUCUAUUUGCUUGCCAGACAAGGAAAGAUUGGAUUUAAGUUUGGAACGAUUCUUUCGACGGCUGCCGGUGGAGAAACCGGUGGUUCGGAACAACUACUUUUUCCAGACGAACGUACCGCAGAAAGAGGAGAGGAUAGACGCAGAAGAACUUGCGUGGGCAGAAAGCACAGUAGGGCCUGAGGAAAGUUUUGGACACGGGACAGCAUUUAAACGAGAGAAUGGAGCGGGACAAGGAGAAACAGAGGUGGAAUGGAUACGGUUUCGGUCUGAGCGGCAGACACUGAGACGGCUUCCGCAGAGCGGAGCGGUAGCAUUUACAAUCCGGACAUACUUGACGCCAGUAAAAGAGAUAGCGCGGGAGAAAGGAGUUGCUGGGCGGCUAGCGAGUGCGCUGCGCAGCUGGCCAGCGGACGUGGGAGAAUACAAGGGGCGGGAGCGGGGCGGCUGGUUUGAACCACUGCUAGAGUACCUGGACGAGUGCGAGACGCGUGUGGACGGAUGA